GAUGAUGUCGAAUGAAGGGGAAGAUGGCACUCACGAACAGAGGAGAAACUCCUCCUCCUUCGAUGUUUUCAUCAGUAGUAGUAGGAAUGGUAACAGCUCCAAAUUCACACGUCAGCUCUAUGGCGCUUUGAAAGAGAAUGAAAUCGCGACCUUCAUGGAUGACGAUAACCUGCAAGACGGCGACAAAAAACCCUCCGUACUCGAAGCAAUUCAAGAAUCAAGGAUUUAUAUUGUCGUUCUCUCCGACAACUACGCUUUUUCCCCAGACUGUCUUAACCAACUUGUCAAAAUCAUCGAGGAGGGUAUAAAGAAAGACGAUCAUGUUAUUUAUCCCAUCUUUUACGAGGUAAACCCACAUGACGUUAGAAAAUUGAGAGGCUGUUACGGCCAAGCCAUGGAUAGACAUGCAAAUAGGUUCGGAAGUGACUCUUCGAUGAUGCAGAAAUGGAUUACAGCUCUGAGGCAUGUGGCCAGCAUUGCUGGAUGGGUCUACCAAUCUGGAACUGCGGACGAACAUGAUUUCAUGCAAAGGAUUGUGGGAUUCGUGGCCCUGCGAGCAAUCCGGCAUGAUGUUUUUCUGAGUUUUAGAGGUGAAGAUAUGGGCUACAACUUCACUGGUAAUCUCUAUAAUGCUUUGCGCCAGAAGAAAAUCAAGACUUUUUUCAUCAAUGAUGACCGUAAUUACCCAUGGAAUGGAGGCUUUCAACUUCCACGCCAUAUUCGUAAAGCAAUUGAAGAUGCAAGGAUUACAAUCGUUGUUCUUUCAAAAAACUACGCAUCUUCCACGCGGUGUCUUGAAGACCUAGCUAAAAUCAUCGAGUGUAUGAAGAUGAAGAAUCAACGGGUUUGGCCCAUCUUCUACAAAGUGGAACCGUCCGAUGUAAGGAAACAGAAAGGGGAUUAUGGUGAUGCCAUGGAUUCACACAAAAGUUUCUUCGGAAAUGACUCUCAAGAGGUGAAAAAUUGGAGUUCAGCUUUGUUUGAAGUCUCCAACUUGACUGGGUUUCCUUUCCAAACCGGGUACGAAUAUGAAUUGAUCGAAAGGAUUGUGGAAUCAACAGUUGGGUCCUUGCCUCGCUAUGAUGUUUUUCUGAGCUAUACUGGGGAAGAUACUCGUCAUACCUUUUCAGGAUAUCUCUAUAAUGUUCUGCGCCAGAAGGGAUUCAAAAUCUUCAUGGAUGAUGAGGCAUUGGUGGAUGGGAACCAAAUUUCUCAGACUCUCACAAAAAUUGAAAUUUCAAGGCAUUCUGUUUUGUGUUCUCUGAAAACUAUGCAUAUUCCUCGUGGUGUCUUGAUGAGCUUGUGAAGAUCCAUGAGUGUAUGAAGAUGAAGAAGAAUAUUGUGGUUUGGCCCAUAUUUUACAAGGUGGAACCGUCUGAUGUAAGAUACCAAAGAAACAGUUAUGGUGAUGCCAUUUCUGCACAUGAAAAAAUGUUCGGGAAGGAUUCUGAUAAGGUGCAAAAAUGGAGGUUAGCUUUAUCCGAAGUCCCGUGCUUGGGAGGAUAUUACAGAAGAUCAGAGUCUGAAAUCAUCUUAAAAGAAUUAGAGCAUGAAAAUGAACUUAUUGAACAGAUUGUGGAACAUCUGAGUUUCUCCUACAGUAAAGUGUCUGUCGAAUCCAAGCCAACUCCCUUCAACAGGUGGUUUCAAAAUCGGUUUGGAUCAUUGAAAUGUUCAACACUAAGUUGUUCUAUCACUGUUUGUGUCCCAGUGGAAUUAUGAGGAGUUUAAUGUAAUUCACCCAUGAGUGUCUGAGUUUGUAUAAGCAAGAAAGAAACAUGGAUAAUAUGAAAUUCACAUGUCCCUAUAUCCAUUGAAGCGUGUAAGAAAGCUCAAGUCAAAUGGAGGAGAAGAACUACAACAGAAGAGGCAAAUUGGAAGAUGGGCUUACUGAAUAAUUGAUUAUGAUGCAGAAGCUUAUGAAGUUUGCUGAGGCAUUUUUAUUGACAAAUGCUUGAUUAAAUGCUUAUGAAGUUUGCAAGAUAACUUUCAAUGGCAAGCUUGAAAAUAUGCUGUGUCCAGCACACAUGGAAAUUGCAAGAAUAAAUGUACCUGGGGACUCAUUUUGAACUAAAAACUCAUUCAGAAAACAUUUUGUUUCUUGCAUUGAGCAUAAAUAUAAUGUUAAUUAAUAUGGAAAUAUCUAUUUAUGCUAUAUGGUAAAUAAAUAUUAAUUUAUAAAUAACAUUUAUGUGUCCUAUAUUUUGUUAUUUGUCAUUUUUUUACACUUAAAAAAAUUAAUUUAAUUUAAAUUAAUGGAAGUACUUAAUCAACCAUGCAAUGUAUCGUUAUCAAAUAAGACAAUUUAUACAUAAAUUUUUAACUAUUAUUUGUUAGCUAAAAUUUUACUUCUGUGAGUAGAUAAGAACAAUUUUUUUCUUUCCAUUUAAAAUUAAUAAUAAAAGUAAAAAUAAAAUUCAAGUUACUCUAAUUUUGACACUAAAAAGUGAACCAUUUCUUUCCUCUUAAAAUGCAUUAAGAAAUCUCAUUAUAAAUGUGAUUAUUUAAAAAUGUGAUCCAAAUCCUUUUAUUACUGUUUUUUCAUACACAAAUUUAUUAUUAUUUGACAUUCAUUUUUAAUUUUUUAAAAAUUUUCACGUUAUUAAUUAUUUUUAAUUUUUUUCUUUAUGUGCCAAUCACUUAUACCCUUAAAUUAAUUUUUAAAUUAUUUUUUCUCUCUAAAUUUAAUGCAUUUAUUUAAAAUAGUUGUAUAAAUUUAUUUUAAUUUGUUCAACCUUUUUAUAUUUAUAUUUUGAAUUUUUAUUUAAAGUAAAAAAAUUAACUAUAUAUAGUUUUUGGUCAACAAAAAAAAAUCACUAUAAGGUUUCC